GUCCCGGGAGCCCAAGUUUACAACUCCUCUCACCGCAGGAAACGCCGCUCCGACUCGCACUCACUCACUCACUCACUCACUGGCAAAGCGGCUCCGUUCCCCUGUCCUCUGCCCGAGGACGGAAUUGAAAUGGCUGUCUGGACACAUUCCCCUCGCCAUACGCGCAGCAAGUCAGAAGGAAUGCUGAUUGAUUUUGAUGAGCACCCGCCUACAAACAGCAUAUUCUUAAAAGAUAACAGUUAUCAAGAAAUUUCAAAUGGACAAGAGACUGAUCUGCUAAAAGACUGGAAUGAAAUGUUAUUUCAGCCUCCCAAACCUGUGGGUUCUGGGAGUACAAAUCCAUUUUGGAAUGGUCUGUCUGGAUCUAAUCCAUUUUUAGAUGACAUUGUCAAUGCAAGUAACAGAAAGAAAACAGACUCAGUGUUUGAAUUCAUAAAAGACCAACAACAACUGUUCAAUACUCCAAAACCUACUGAGUCGGUUGCUUCUUCGACUGAUGAAUUGGACAUCGACCAUUUGAUUCACAUUGGAAAACCUUUUGCAAAAAAGCAUGGACGGUGGAAAAGUGCUUCAGACAUUUUAGAUUUUUCAAACAAAGAAGAAGGUGUUACUCAGAAUAACCGCCCCGUGAGUCAGUUUUUGGUUCCAAAUUUGGACUCGCUUCAAAAUGACAGAGAAGCUCACAAAAUAGCAUGGUUGAACCAUAGGCAACUUACCAGAUCCUGCCUUGAUUUGGACAUGAGCCAAAGCCCUGGCUGGGGACAGACCCAGGCUACUGAAACUCAAAUUGUCUGUAAACUGGACCAUAACGGGGGAUGUCUUCAGUUGCCUGAAUCUGACAUAAGUAUUCAUGUACCUGAAGGUCAUGUUGCACCAGGUGAAAUCCAAGAAGUUGCUGCAAAGAUUGUGCUUGACCCACCACAGGAACUCAAUGAUUAUUUGUGCACAACAAUUAGUCCAUUGCUGGAACUAAAAUUGAGCAACUUCAACACAAAAGAAUUCAUUUCUUUGGAAAUGAAGGUUACAGCUCAAGUGAAAAAUGACCCUUUGAGUCAAAUUAUGACCGAAAUUGUGUGUUUUUGUAGCGAUAAUAAAGAGGGUCCUUUUGAGAAGUUGCACAGCAUUUAUGUGUAUAAAAAUAUCAUACAAGUAAAGCUUGAACAUUUGAACCCUUCUAUGUAUAUUGUAGCAGCAGCUGAAGCUAAGCACAUUCAGCUUCCAGCAUUGACGGUGUGGGACUACAUUGACAAAAUGGUCACUAUUGGAAUUUACGGGCCCAAGCACAUCCACCCAACCUUUACUGCUGUGUGCACAGUCUUUGGGCACAAUCAAGUUCCACUGAAACUUUCAGUCACAGAUGUUAAAAAGAACAGGAGCUUGCCGCCAGUUGUUCUUCAGCUAUGGGGGAAGCAUGAGUUUCAUUUACAGAGGCCGCAAAAAUUGGAAAUUUCAAUUGUCCCCACGGACGCAACGUAUGAGAUACAGAAAGAUGACCAGUACAAGUACAUUAAGGAGGCAUCGCUGAAAAUGGGUAGGACAGUUCACCAGCAAUUUCCUUUGUCCACAUCCAGAUUGGGAGAAGUUGAUCCUUUUGAACUCCAGAUUCAGAUUACGGGAACUGACCAAAGUGUGGUAUCCCAUUUCACUGUGCUAACACCCUUGCCAACUGUAAAGUCAAAUGUGAAAAGACGUUUCCAGAAACGCAAGGAGCAGUUAACUGCUAGUCCUUCACCCGAACCAUCUACUAUCAAGUACCCUCAGUUUCAAGAGAGAAACGUAAAUAUUCUGAGCUAUGGAGUAUCAUUGAAAACUGUGCUGAGGCAGCCUAAGAUUGAGUAUUUAUUGGAGUAUUUCAAGGGCGACACUAUUGCCCUUCUUGGAUUAGACAAAGUCAAAGUAGUAGGUCAAACAAAGAUCAAGGAGUGGUAUGUUGGCUUCUUGCGAGGAAAAAUCGGUCUUGUGCACUGCAAAAAUAUCAAAGUGAUUUCCAAGGAUCAAGUCAUAAACUUUUCAGAUGUAACCAUUACAACCAAGCUGCUGCUUGAACAAAUUACCCUUCCUUUCAAAAAGCUAACUUACAUGUAUUCAUCCAUCCGUACCAUUGUGACAGAGAAUGUUGUCAGUUGGAAGGCGUUUGCUGAAGUCGUUGGAUACUCCAGUCUAUCACUGGAUGAUUUUUGUAGGACAAAUGUUGACAGUGAAUUGGAGAGAGUUGCAAGUGUAUUAGAGAAGUUGAAAGAAGACUGCCAUGCUAGUGACAAGGUAAAGAAGAAAUUCCAGCAUGAGAUUAUUACGGGUCUGUUAAAGCUGGAUUGUCAAGGACCAAUAACACGACUUAUCCAAGAUGUAGUUAUGCUUUCAGUAGCUGUGGAACUUGGAAUUCGUUGGAGAGAGUUGGCAGAAAAAAUGUCCAUGCUCUCGAAGCAGCAGAUCGAUGCCUAUGAAGUGCCUCACAGAAAUAAAUAUGGUGAAAUCAGUGAGGAGACCAUGUGGAAACCAGCAUAUGACUUUCUGUAUGCGUGGAGCAUGCAGUUUGGAGAUGGUUAUCGGGAUGUCCUGCAAGAACUGCAAAAUGCACUGGACAAGAUGAAAAACCCCAUCACAAGGCAUUGGAGACAUCUCACAGGAGUUCUUAUUUUAGUGAAUUGUAUGGAAAUACUAAGAGCUUCUGCAUUCUGCAAGCAUGAAGAAUGAGACCGGAGUAGAUUUGUCAAUAUUGAAACACAAUGGAGAAUGCAAUAUUCAGCAGAAUUAAGUAUUGAUGGAGACAGAAAUAUUUUGGAAAAGCACAAUUGUCUUUGGAAAAGUAAAGGGUAAACUACUAAGCAUCAAGAUGCCACUGUUUUUUGACAACAAGUUGAGACUGUUUGAGAGCAACUUCCAAGAUUUGAGUUUGUUUUAAAUGGAUUUGCCUCAAAACUUGCUGCAUGAAAAUAAAUUUGUGAAUCAGUGUUUCAUCUUCAUAUGAGUACAUUUAACACAAAAAAAGUUUUAGAUGCGGGUGAUUUAAGAAUACUUCAAUUUUCCUUCCUGGCAUAUUUCCUAUUUGGCUCUCUUUUGCAUGUCUAAAGAUGUUGAUCAUUGUUCCAGUUAAAUGUUUUCUUUCGCAGAUGAUAACUAAAGUGAUAUAAUGAUGGCACUAGGUUUAAUUAUUUCCAGUGCCCUGGGAUAGUUCGAUAGAGUAAUGGUCACAAAGGAAUUUCAUAAUGGGGUCGAGUUAUUACUUCCUUGAAGUUGUUUUUCUUAUCCUGGCGUCGCUUCAAUCUGUGCUCUUAAUGUUUGUGUAAAAUAUUUGCUUCAAGCAUAGCCAAAAAUGUUUUAAUACAACUUUUAAUUCUAAAAGAAAAAUGGUUGUUUAUGUCAUUGUGGGGAUAAUGCUUUAAUCUGGUAAAAGUAGACUACAGUUAUGAAUUUUAAAGUGAAAAAUCAUUCUUCUGCCCUUUACCAGGUUAUCCUAGCAGUUAAUCUGAUAGUUUAACAUAUUCAGGUUAAAGUUGCAUUGUAUUGCAAAAUGCCAUCUGCCAUGGAGGGUGCUAUAUAAAUCCAAGUUGUUGUAUUGUUCAUUACCAUUAGCUUUGGUACGUCCUGCAAUGAACGUGGCAUUAGUCUGCCAGUGUCUUGGGAGACAGCAGUGAAAGAGGGUCUCAUACAAAGUCACUCAUUGUAAGCAGUCAAGCAAUAGCCUCCACAAGAUCUCACCAGUCUGACAGGUCCCAGAGUUAUCUUUCCAUUGACAGUUUUCCAUUUGGGUUUUCUUGUUCACAAUUGCUCAGAAAUUGUAUACCCGAGAAUGAAGGUUGCAAUAAGGAGGAUUUUUAGCUCUAAAUGAAGUUGUUCUAUGCAAAAACAGUUAUACAUUUAGAAGAUGUAAAUAAUCUAAGACCACUCUCUUUUUACUCUACUUAAUCUGCUUUGAUACAUGACCAGUGUGGAAUGUUACAUUUCAUGUUGCAUGAAAUCAAAUCAUAUUGGAAAUGUAGUGUUCCUAUUUAAUGUAAGAGAUAUGAAUUAAGAACAAGGACAAUGGUUUAAAGUUAAGGAUAUGCCAUAAUUUAAUAAAAUGGUGGAGCAGCCUUGACCGACCAAUUGGUCUACUCCUCUUUCUAUUUAAAAACAAUCCCUGCCCCAUUGACUGGUCUGUCUUCUCAAAUCCUGCUGAUGAGCAGUUUGGCUGAGCUGUCAUCAACAGUGCCUUUGAGUACUGCGGACCUGUCUGGCUCAGGAACUGGACUACCAAGACCAGCACAGAGGGCAGGCUUGAUUCUGACAUUUGGUUUGAAACAUGUCACCUUGGAGCCAGUUCAACUCCAAGGAGACCCUGCUUACCUGCACCAAGUCCCCAUCUCCCCAUCACUGGUUGGUCCCUUGACAUCCAACAAAUGUUUUUCUAUAAUACAGUGAUAUACAGUAUGUGUAUACAACUUGAAUGCAUAGAGGAACUGAAUUCAAAUAGCAGCACAUAUAAACCUUUUCAUUAAAGGAGCAUUGAGGAAUAUUCCUUUCCCCGCUCCAUUUCCUUAUCAUUCCCUAGUGUAGAGGGCUACCAGGCAACCUGCUGUGGAUUCGCUUCUCUGUAAUUGUGAGCUAGGUAAGAAUGGCUUGGAAGUGCUACACUAUCACUUUAUUUCCUUACUCUUCUCUCUUUGGGAAAGCACUCAAUUUCCACCUGAAAAACUUGUUCAAUAAUAGGGUUAAAUCUGUGCCAUAAAACUCCUUUUCAUUAUUAUGUAAUAAGUCUCCAGUGUGGUGUGGAGCCCAGUCUUGCUCUAGUGUGCCCAUUUUUCCCUUCCAGCCACAGAUAGUGUAGCUUGUUUUGUUUAAAAAGUUCUAAUUCUUUUAAGUUCUUCUAAAUGAAACCUAAGAUACUUUUAAGAUCAGACAUGUCCUGAAAUAUUUUAGUGAACAUUGGUUCAACAAAAAGUUGCUUUAUUAUUUUUUACAAAGCCUGUACAGAACUAAGGCAGGAACUUUUCUACUUUGGAAAUAAAUGUGAUAAAAUGCCACAGUUCAAAACUAGCAGGUACUUAAUUUCUGAUAGUUUUACAAUUUAUCUUUUUCAGAAAUCUGUUCCUAGCUAUUACCUGAAUUAAGAAGGUUAAAAGGAUUCACUGGUAUGUUAUCAAAUUCAUGUGUAUCAUGUUAUCAAUGUAUUGGAAUAUAUUUUGUAUCUGCUAAAGAACUGGCUGAAAAGCUUACUCAAUGUAGGUAGCGCAAAAUAAAUUUUGAUUUUAA